CGGUGACGUCGUAUCCCUGCGCCGGAAGUGUGGCUCCGUGGGCGUUUUGCGCUCUGCAGAGGCUGCAGCGAGGGAACCAUGGCGUCCCCGGCGAUCCCCGCUCCUCCUCCUCCGCCUCCUCCUGGGGCGCCCCCCGGGGUCCCUGGGGCGAAGGGAGGCGGCAAGAAGAGCGGCGAAGAGCGGCUCAAGGAGAUGGAGGCCGAGAUGGCGCUGUUUGAGCAGGAGGUGCUGGGAGCCCCAGUCUCUUUGCCUCCGGUUGCUCCGGUGGUAGAAGCCGUCCCAGUUGCUUUGGCGGUUCCAGCCGUAUCCGCAGUGCCCCCGGUUCCUGUCAUCCGCCCCAUCAUUGCAACCAACACCUAUCAGCAGGUCCAGCAAAGUCUGGAAGCCCGAGCAGCAGCUGCAGCCACAGUAGUGGCCCCAAUUGUGGCUCCUCCAGUUCCAUUUGUGGGCCCAGCUGUUCCCCCACAACGGCCUCCCAUCCUCCGGCCAACUUUUGUGCCCCAUGUCCUGCAGAGAUCUGGUGGUCCUCGGCCCAUGCCAAUGCGCCCUCCACAUCACCAGCCCAUGGUGGGGCCUCCCAUGCCUGGUCCCCAAGGCCCACCAAUGCUGAUGGGGCCACCAAUGCAGAGAGCACCUGGUCCCCCCUUAGGAGGCAUAGGACCUAUGAGACCUGGUCCUCCUGUGAGUGCCUUUGGGAGGGCUGGCGACAGGGUUGGUCCAGGGAUUCCUGUUGGCCCUUUGGCUCCCUUGGUGCCUGUUCCUCGACCUGUGGUGGCUCCUCCAAAAGUGAACCCAACUGUCAUACAAGCUGCUCCUACUGUAUAUUCUGCCCCACCAGUGAAGAAGCAAGAGGAAGAACACCGAGAGCCCCCAGCACCUGUGGUGGAGGAGAAGGAGCCCAUUGGGCCAGAGGAACCAGUGAUUGGUCCAAGCAUGCCAGAAGUGGAGCCGGUCCAAGUAGUGGAUGCACGAGGUCUUCCUGCUCUACGUGGACAUGACCUGGUUCCUGCACGAGGGAAACGACCCCGAGGAACUGAUGCUGGAUUUGUACCAGUAGAGCCUGUAAUAGAAAGUACACCAGAAGACAAGAAGAAAACGAAACAGGAGAAGUUGAAGCGCUGCAUUCGUACGGCAGCUGGGACAUGCUGGGAAGAUCCCAGCCUACUCGAAUGGGACCCUGAUGAUUUCCGGAUCUUCUGCGGGGAUCUGGGCAAUGAAGUGAAUGAUGACAUCCUUGCACGUGCCUUCAGCCGCUACCCAUCCUUUCUGAAGGCCAAGGUUAUCCGGGACAAACGCACUGGCAAAACAAAAGGUUAUGGUUUUGUCAGCUUCAAAGAUCCAAAUGACUAUGUCCGUGCCAUGCGUGAGAUGAACGGAAAAUAUGUUGGAAGCCGGCCUAUCAAACUGCGGAAAAGUAUGUGGAAGGAUCGUAACAUUGAUAUAGUGCGUAAGAAACAAAAGGAGAAGAAGAAACUGGGACUGAGGUAAUCAUGUAGAGAUGAUGGAGUCUGCUCUUGUUCCCUUUCAUCAAUUCAACAAUUCAAAGGAAUCUGGCAUCACUGGAAGUGAUCAGCCUUGCCCUCUGCUGAGCUGAAGGACAUUGCAAGGAUACUCUGCCAGCUGAGGAUUGGAGGUGAUCUGUAGCUCUUCUGAUUGCCUUCCAGACUGAAUCCUCCUGUGUAUGGGAACCCAGUGAAUGCUCACAUAUGUCUGCUGAAUUCUCUGUAGACUUAAUAGCAGCUUUCAGGACUCACUGUGAAGGAGCUGCACAACCAUUAAUCAUGUCUGGGAAUAUUUCCCAGUCAUCAACAAUAUCUACAGCCAGCAGUGUUCUAAGUCAAUAAAUUUGUGUGUAACUUUUUA